AUGGUAUCAAGUAUGACUUCCAUCUCCUACCGAGUGGAAUCACGCACGAAAAAAAGUAAAGCAUUGAUGGGCCCUGGAAUGGUGAUUCACUUACCCGGUCUUUUUGCCGAAAUCGAAAGCAACGUCGAAAAGGGAUUGAAAGGAUGGGAAGAUAGACUACUCAUCUCCGAUCGCGCCCACUUGGUCAUGGACUAUCACCAGGCGCUGGACGCCGGGAACGAGACGAGGAAGGGAAAAGAGGCGAUUGGAACUACAAAGAAAGGCAUUGGCCCAACUUACGCUAAUAAGGCGAGCAGAACUGGCGUGAGGGUUGGCGAUCUGGUUAACAAUUUUGAGGGCUUUGUUGAUCGAUUCCGAGCGGGAGCUCAAGUUGCGAUGCUCAACUUACCUGGACUCGAUAUUGAUAUUGAAUCGGAAAUCGCUCGAUACAAGGAAUACGCGGAGAAAAUUCGCCCACUUGUGGUGGACUCUGUUUCAUGGCUUACUGAACGAACUCGAUCAGCAGAAGAAAUCAAUAUCCUGGUAGAGGGAGCGAACGCAACAAUGCUCGAUCUAGACCACGGAACUUACCCAUUUGUCACCUCAAGCUCAUGCUCCAUUGGCGGCGUCUGCACGGGGCUCGGUUUGCCACCUUGCGCGGUCGGCGACGUUUUUGGCGUCGCAAAGGCGUAUUGUACUCGCGUUGGCGGGGGACCUUUCCCAACCGAGCUGGAAAAUGAGAUUGGGGAGAAGUUGCAAAAGCAAGGCGGAGAGUUCGGAGUCACUACCGGACGACCAAGACGAUGCGGAUGGCUCGAUCUUGUUCAACUUGACUACGCAGAUCAGAUCAAUCAUUUCACAGCGUUGGCGAUAACCAAAUUGGAUGUCAUGGAUAACUUUGAGACAGUAAAGGUUUGCGUUGGCUACAAAAAUAGCGGGACCGGAGACAAAGUGACCUGUAUGCCCGGGCAGAUUAAACAGCUCUCACAAGUGGUGCCAGUUUAUGAGGAAUUCCCUGGCUGGAUGAGUGAUACGACUAAAUGUGAAACGUGGGAAAGUUUACCCGAAAAAGCAAGAACGUAUAUCAACUUCCUCGAAAAGUUCCUGAAGAUCCCAAUUCGAUGGAUCGGCGUCGGCCCGGCGCGUGAAUCCAUUAUUUUCCGCUCCGGAGAAGUUUCUUUCGCCAAUACUGGUGCCGAGCUCUAA